GGGCCACCAUGGUGAGACAGUGGAUGGAGGUGGCCCUGGGGCUGCUGGAGCACUUGGUGGCUGCGUGUGACGAAGCCACCGCGUUCCCCCGGGAGCUGCAGCGCAGAGUUGGGGACAUCCAUGAGGCUGCCCUGAAGGCCACAUAUCAGUUCUCCCCUGAUAUCCCUGAGGACUUGGUGGCCAAGGUGGUCGAGGCCGAGUGGCUGUGGGUGGCCAACACCCGCCUGGUCAAGGAUCACCUGCUGGGGGCAGUUCCAGACACCAUCAAGUUCUUGUUCCCUGGUGGUCCCGACUGCCCCAGUGCCUGUGGGGUGGCUGAUCGGUGCCAAAGAGCCAUCGAGGACAUCCCAAGGCUCCUUCAACGCCCUGAGCAUCUCCAAGGUGUCCCCAAGGCGUCCCCAGUGAGCGUGGAGCCCCAAGAGCUGUCCCCUUCCCAGCUGCUGGAGGCUCUGGUGUCCGUGGUGGCCACCCUAGGCGAGGUGACAGCCACCGUGACCGGGCCACACCGGGGCGUGCGGCGCUGUGUGCCCCCAAAGUCCCUGCAUGUGGCCCUGAGGAACUUCACCUGGAGCCUCCGUAAGGCCCUGGAACACCCCGGUGUCACCUCCCUGGGUGACCGUGGUGUCACCUCCCUGGGCCAGACCCUGGCCACCCUCGGGGCCACCCCGGGGGCCACCUGGGCCGAUGUGAGAGCUGCGGGCAGCGCCUGGUGGGAGUUGGUGGCCGUGCACGAGAAGAGAUGGAAACAGCUGGUCGAGGAGGUCACCAAGCUCCGUGAUGCCUGGGAGGACGCGGCCCCUGCCCAGGCCAGGGACCAGCAGGACAAGGCCACCCGCAGGGGCACAGCUGGGGACAACCUGGCAGCCACAGCCCAGCAGCUCAUGGUGGCCCUGGACAGGGAGGAGGUGGCCUCAACAGGGACCAUGCCCAAGGCCUGGCUGGCAAUGGCCACCAAGGAGGAGAUGGCUGCCAGCAAGGAUGAGGAGGCUGCCAGUGAGGAGGAGGCGGCCACCAGGAGGGGACAGCGCUUGGAGGUGGCCCUGGAGCCACUGGAGAACUUGGUAAUUGCAUGUGAAAGAGCCAAAGAGUAUUUCGCCUUCGAGAUGAUCCGCCGGCUCGAGGCCAUCCAAGCCAUCCUGAAGGGGACAAAUGAAGUGUCCCCCAAUGUCCCCGAGGCUUUGGUGGCCACGGUGGCCAAGGCCGAGCAGCUCUGGGAGGCCAGUGCCAGCCUGGCCACGCGUCACCUGUUGGGGAUACUUGGGGACAUCGGCAGGCUCCUCACGAAGCCCCCUGGAAGCUCUGAUGGCCCCGGAAGCUCUGAUGGCCGCACAGUGGCCAAGAAGUGCCAAAGAGCCAUUGAGGACAUCCCAAGGCUGCUGCAGGGACAGUAAUGUCACCACUGUGAUGUCAUUGAGGGUAGUGACAUAAUUGGGAACAUCGCUGCUGUCACCUGUCCCCUCUCCCCUCCCGACAUGGGAUUUGAGACAAAUCUGGGGAAUUUUCUGGGAAUUUUCAUUGACACUGUCACAAAUUCUGAUAGGAAUUCCUGGGGUGAUGUCACUGGGAACAUUGUGAGAUGCUCAGGGACAAUCAGGGACACUCAGAGACAGGGAAGACUCUCAGGAACAUUCAGGGAGGAGGACACUCAAGGAGGCCACUCGGAGACUUGCAGGGACACUCUGGGGACACUUGGGGACACUUUGGACACUCUGAGGAUCCUCAAGGACACUUAGAGACACUCCAGGACACUCAGGGACACUCAGGGGCACUCAGGGACAGGGGACAUGCAUGAAUGAGUCCACUCAGCAGCUCCCAGCUUUCCACUGUGCCUGCAGCAGAGCUGGGUAAAAUGACAAUUUAAUAAUUGGUUUCUGCAAUUCUGCAUUGGCUUCUGCAGUUCUGCAUUGGCUUUUCCAAAAAAAUACUUACACAAGUCUUUUGCUCUGGUACUUCAUUAUUGAUUAUUGAUAAUUCCUUGUAGCUGCUCACUGGUACAAUAUAAUCGAUCAGUUUAUCUGUGCACCAUGUAACCAAUUUAAUGCUGGAGUAAUAAAUCAAUAGGCAUUAAAAUAUUAAAAAUAUA